AUGGGUGCAAGAAAGCUCCUCCCCACGCCCUACAGCUUCUCCCAGCUCCAGACACUCCCGCUCUCCAUGCGCCAGUCAAUACUGAGAGCGCAGCACCUACAUGAUCCUUCCUUCUCAAUCUCCGCCCGGCGGGGACUGAGCAUCUACCGCGCAUUAUCCUCGUCCUCCGCGUCGUCGGCCUCUACCUCUACGCAACACAUCCCCGCCGACCCUGACCGGAUCGUGCGUCCCCUCGUCCCUCCACCGCGCGAAGGGUCAGGACCUCUCCUCUCACGACGUCCCGACCGCGCCCUCCCCGACCUUCCACGUCCCAUGAUAUCGAUCUGGCUCAAAACCCUACCAGUAUUCAUCGUGCUAGUGACCGUUUCAUCGCUCGCAAUCUUCAACUACGAAAAGUCCUCCUCCUCGACCGUCAACUCGAUCCUCUACGCUCUGCGCACCAACGAGCACGCCCGCGAGCUUUUGGGCGAUGAGAUCUACUUCGCCAGCAAGUUACCCUGGAUCAGUGGCGAGUUGUCGCCCAUGCAGGGAGUCAUCGAUAUCAGCUUCUGGGUGAAAGGGACGAGGGGGACGGCAAAGACCAAAUUCGUCAGUCUGAGGAGAAAGAGCCGCGGUGGGUUUUUUGAGACCUUGGAGUGGAGCUUACAGACGGAGGAUGGGACCGUGGUACAGUUACUGGAUAAAGAGGGUACGAGGGAUCCCUUGGAGGGGCAGAGGUUUGAUUAG